AUGUCUGAACAAGAAAACCAGAGCAUAUUAACGAAGACAGGAAGCAGUGAAUCCAUGGUCCACGGGAAUGAUGCAGUGGGGGAUCCCGAGUUACUCCAGGGGAUAAGUAGCCAUGGAGGCGAAAACAAGGCAAACCAUUCCCCCAGUGAGCCGAGCCACCCGCAUGAGGUAACUGGACCCAAGAGCAACGGCACAGGGGAAGCACAGGCCAGCACGAAUAAUAUUGCCAACGACAAGCUCAAGACGAAUCUAAGUGAAGACAAGAAUGACACAAAACAUAGGCACAUCGCGUAUGAUGAUGGGAACCCAGAAAUCACCUAUUUUGUAAACAAGGAAAAUUUAAAAAUAGCAAAGUAUGCCUGGAGAGUAGAAAACCCCAAGGCAUAUGUAUUUGCCUUGCAUGGAAUAACAUCCCACUUGAGAAAUGAAUAUCUGAAUUUUAUGGGUAGACCAGCAUGGGUUGAUGAGAAGCAACAGAAAGGGGAAAUGGCUAUCUGUGGUAUUGACGGUGAUUAUACUUUUAUGCAAGGGAAUAAUUUCAACUGUUGGGACGCGGCUCUGUCUGCUAACAAAACUGCGGGUAAGGAUGAUAGCGGGAAGGUUGUGCAUGGGGAAGGAGGCGACAGUUUUGUAAACCUACACGGGGAGGUUACGAGCUCUGUUAGGGAAGAGGCCGAAGCGGGGGUCACCGGCGGGUCCGGGGCUGACCAAAAGCUCAACACGGGUGAGGCGGUAAAUCAGGGUGUAAAUGGUGGAACAAAUGCUGUAACGAAUUCUGGAACGAACGCCGAGGCGCAGGCAUGUCAGCACGCCAACAACGCGAACAAGGAUAUGCAAAAAAUGAAGGAGGAAAAAAAAAAAACAAAGGAAAAAAAAAAAAAAAAAAAAAAAAAAAGAAGAGGCUUGUCCAACGACCUUGCAGAUGAUGGAAGCACAGUGGGAUGCUCAUUUAACAAAAUUCUACAAACCAAUUGGACAAAGGACAUGAAAUUUAUAAACGACACGAACAACAUGCUGUAUUAUUAUUGUCAACCUAGAGAUGCUAACGCCUCUGGGGGAGCUUCAUCUUCUUGUGACUCCUCCGAUUAUGGAGAAAAAAAAAAUCUGGAAAAAAAACUCACAACCUUUUUGUCCUGUUCCUCCUGCAUUACCAGCAUAAACGAAGGCGCAAACCACUUAAACAAUAAAUUAAAUUUUGGGCACAAAGAGAACGGUGGCCGCCAGCCGAUUUGUGAUAACCGUGGGGGAGAGGGGGUUUGUCCGCAGGAGAGCACUGGCCAUGAUGUAGGCGAAUGCCCCAAGGGAACCAAGCUGAACAGUGAUAGCAGCGGGAACAACAAUCACCAUCAGCACCACCAUCACGAUCAGAACGGUAGCAGCGAGAGUAGCGAGGAGAGCAGCGAAGAUAGCAGCAGUGAUGAAGACAUAAUCGAUGAUGAAAAUGUUCUGUUACCAAACAAAAAUGAUUCUCAAGUGAAUUAUGGCUCCAAUGUGUACUACUGUUCCAUGUGUGGUGUAUGCAACUACUGCAACUGUGGGGUAAGAACCCUUUCGUAUAAAAAUAGCUGGAUCGAAAAGUUCAAUCAAAAUGGCUUUUCUUUCUUCGGUAUUGAUAAUCAGUCACACGGACUGUCUGAGGGCUUCAAGAACCACCGAUGCUACAUUGAAGAUUUUAAUAACUUCAUAGAGGACACACUUCAAGCAUUGGAAAUUUUUAUUGAAGAAUGGAAAGAAAAAAAUGAAUUAAAACCCAUUAUCCUUAUGGGUGUGUCCAUGGGUGGAUGUAUCGCUUUAAAAACGAUGGAGGCCAUCUUUCGUUUGAACAAGGAAUGGAAAAGCUACGUCAAAUCUCUUAUCCUCAUUUCUCCAAUGAUUAGCUUAGGAAAGCAAAAGAGCAAAAUUAGUAACAGGCUUCUCAUUUCUGCUACCAAGUUUUUAAAAUACUUUUUCCCUCUCCUUCCUGUUAAUGUAAAAGAGGGGAAUGCUAUGUACCCAUGGAUCAAACAUGACUCAGAACUGGAUCCCUAUCAGUACUGUGGGCCUCUUCGCAUAAGGAUAGCAGCUGAAUGUGUGAGUGCAGCAGAUAGUUGUUUAACCUAUAAGAAUUUAAAACACAUUGAAGAGAGCAACAUUGACAUAAUGGUGAUGCAGUCGAAGAAUGACUGCCUGGUAGAUCCCAUUGGAGCUAUUGAGUUUUUGAGGAAAAUGAUGCGUCUGCAUAGUAAGAGGGAGAGACGAAACAGUGCAUCUAUGUUAGAUGCAGAAAGGGUUCGUUUGGUAAAUUCUGCUUUUCCCCGCGAAAUUAAUGAAAAGAAGGAUUUCCUAUCCCCUAACGGUUCUACAUUAAUCGGCAAUGCGUACAACCAUGGGGAAGACGAUGUAAGUGGCGAUCCUUCCUCUGUGACACACCACCAUGGAGGCAGCGAACAACACGUUGAUGCAAGUACGCAGGGGAUGAGUCAUGUUACCAUCGACGGGAAAACCACCACCCUGAAAGACGAAAUUGUGGUGAGCAAAUAUACCAGCACCAGUUUUAUUACAAACAGUAAUCACCUCCCACCAGAGCAGCAAUCAUUAAUUCAGAAUAAAAAGAAAGAAGACAACGUCCCCAUGUUUAUUAAGUCUUCUUUGUCCAUUGAAUCGUCCAGUCGAAUACUAAGAAAUGAUAGCCAAUUCUCGGUGGGUAGUUGCGAAGAUGACAUGAAAGGAGAAAAGGACAUAUGGACUUCCUUUGACCACGGCUACUAUAAGUCAUUUAAUUUGAAAAAGAUAAAAAGCGUUGACGGGGCGGUGGUAGACUCCGCGGGGGAGGACCAGUAUAAGAAUCUGAGUGUAUACAUUUUAAAAUACGGCCACCAUGCUCUUCCUGGGGAGCCCAACAGUCGCGACACGAUUACGCUGCUGGUCGACUGGCUUAACCGCACAUGCAACUGA